AUGAAGCUCAGUGGCAUAAUCGUAAAUAUUUUGAAGUGGGAUUUUUGGUUAAAAGACGGAAUUGCCCCCGUCUCUCAGACACUCUCUCUCUCCCGCGCGUCCCUCUCUCUCUCCUCUGGUUCGCGACCGCCACCACAGCCGGCCACGUUUUGGCCGGCCGUUCAUUCGUCCGGCCACCACUCGGGUCGGGACCGGUCCCAAAAUGACCGGCCUGACUCCGCCGUCCUACCCCACCUGUUCUCCGACGUCAGCCGGCAGCGAUACCGCCGGAAAGUGCAGAAAACGGCCGGUUUUUACCCAGAUUUUCCGGAGCUCGUUCCGGCGAUUCCGGCCACCAAAUCUUGCGAUCAAGGAUCGUGUAGGAUUCGACGGAUCGUAAAACGGAGUCCCGGAUACUCCGGAAAUGCCAACCCUGGGGUUAGGGUUUUAGUAACCGUCCGAUCGCGUGAUCGUGAGCGAUCCGACCGUCCGAUCUGGACCAAACUUGCAGGACAUGUUGACCGUGAGACUCCCGAGAUAGUCUUACCUUUCCCUGAGGGUGAGGAUGACCUUAGUGAUAGCCAGGCCCAGUGUGAGGUCGCACGCGUCUUUGGGUUAGCCGGCGUGUUGACAGACCCCGCCCAGUGUGAGGUCGCACGCGUCUUUGGGUUAGCCGGCGUGUUGACAGACCCCGCCCAGUGUGAGGUCGCACGCGUCUUUGGGUUAGCCGGCGUGUUGACAGACCCCGCCCAGUGUGAGGUCGCACGCGUCUUUGGGUUAGCCGGCGUGUUGACAGACCCCGCCCAGUGUGAGGUCGCACGCGUCUUUGGGUUAGCCGGCGUGUUGACAGACCCCGCCCAGUGUGAGGUCGCACGCGUCUUUGGGUUAGCCGGCGUGUUGACAGACCCCGCCCAGUGUGAGGUCGCACGCGUCUUUGGGUUAGCCGGCGUGUUGACAGACCCCGCCCAGUGUGAGGUCGCACGCGUCUUUGGGUUAGCCGGCGUGUUGACAGACCCCGCCCAGUGUGAGGUCGCACGCGUCUUUGGGUUAGCCGGCGUGUUGACAGACCCCGCCCAGUGUGAGGUCGCACGCGUCUUUGGGUUAGCCGGCGUGUUGACAGACCCCGCCCAGUGUGAGGUCGCACGCGUCUUUGGAUUAGCCGGCGUGUUGACAGACCCCGUACGUGGCCGGGAGCCAGGAUUGAUAGGAAAGAGCUACGUGUGGCUUGAUCCCUUAGUAGGGUGGAAAUUUUGGGGAAUGUUCAAUUUACAGGGGAGACUCUGCCGAAAUUUUGGCAAAAAGUCUCGUGCCCUAAACCCUCUCUGCAAUAGAAACAAAGGAGUCUCUCUCCCCCCAGGCCCGACCCCAUGGCCAAUUGUUGGUUGUGUACCAGAAAUGUGGAGGAACAAGCCCGCAUAUAAAUGGGUGCAUAGGGUCUUGAAAGAACUCGACACUGACAUUGCAUGCAUAAAAUUAGGAAAUGUUCAUGUCAUCCCAGUGAAAUCACCAGAAAUUGCCAGGGAGUUUUUGAAGAAAAAUGAUGCAGUUUUUGCAUCAAGACCUGUCACAAUGGCAACUGAUAUUUUAAGCAGUGGGUUCUUGACCACAGGUGUUGUGCCUUGGGGAGGCCAGUGGAAAAAAAUGAGAAAAGUUUUGAUUGCUGAUGUGUUCAAUCAUUCUAUGGUUCAAUGGCUACUUGGUAAGAGAAACGAAGAAGCUGAUAACCUUGUUAAGUUCCUAUACAAUCAGUGCUCGUCCAAUCCGAACGGUUUGGUGGUGAAUGUGAGAACUGCAGCUCAAUUUUACUCAGGAGGUGUGAUGAGAAGGAUGAUUUUCAACACGAGGUACUUUGGCAAAGGGAGAAAGGAUGGAGGGCCUGGCUUUGAAGAAGAGCAACACGUCCCUGCGCUUUUGACUAUACUCUUGCAUGUGUACGCUUUCUGCGUAUCGGAUUAUCUUCCAUGGCUUAGAGUGUUUGACAUAAGUGGUCAUGAGAAAAAGGUGAGGGGUGCUUUGAAGAUCAUCAAGCAAUAUCAAGACCCUCUUAUAGAUGAGAGGUUGAAAGAAUGGAGAGAUGGAAGGACGAAGGAGCCUGAGGACCUGCUUGAUGUUUUCAUUUCACUCAAAGAUGCAAAUGGACAGCCCUUGUUGUCAGGUGAAGAAAUUAAAGCUCAAAUCACGGAACUGCAGCUUGCAACAGUGGAUAAUCCGUUCAAUGCAGCAGAGUGGGCUCUAUCAGAAAUGCUCAACCAGCCUGAGCUGCUAAAAAAGGCAGAAGAAGAACUAGAUAGGGUAGUUGGAAAGCAGAGGCUUGUUCAAGAGUCUGAUGUCCCCAAGCUCCCAUACGUAAGGGCUUGUGCAAGAGAAGCACUUAGGUUGCAUCCAGUUGCACCAUUCAACCUCCCCCACAUGUCCAACACAGACGCUGUAGUAGCAGGCUACUUCAUCCCAAAAGGGAGCAGUGUUCUGCUAAGCCGCUUAGGUCUCGGGCGCAACCCAGAAGUGUGGGAUAACCCGCUGAGAUUCGACCCGGAACGACAUCUAAAAGGAGAUGCUGAUCAACAAGUGGAUCUGGAAGAGCAUGAGCUGAGGUUCAUUACAUUCUCUACUGGACGGAGAGGAUGCAUGGGGGGGUGGGCUUGGGACUACCAUAACUAUCAUGCUCCUAGCAAGGCUUUUGCAAGGGUUUACUUGGAACAUGCCACCCAAUGUGGACAAGAUUGA